AUGGGUUCCAGAAUCGUCCCUUGUUCUAAGAGCUGGCAGAGCUCGCUUCAGAUUUCGGCACCAAUUUCUUCUUCGUUUUCGAAAGGGUUGUCGUUUUCGGUUUCUUUUCCUUCUGUGACGAAACCCAGUGGAAGAAGCAAUGGAGCUCUAGGUUGCGGGUUCGUUCGUUGGCUGAAUUCUUCCGGGUCGGGGAAUUCGAAACGUCAACGCACUUCGAACCAAGGAACCGGCUUUCUUGGCGUCGAAAACUUCAAAAAUCUCUCCGAUUUCGACGUACCCAGAAGGCCAAAACAGCAAAGGCAGCGGCUUUUCUAUGCAGUUUUCAAGCUUGAAGCUCAAUGCAUUGGAACCCUCUCUGCUGGGGAUUCAUCCGGAGCCGCCGGACUGGCCGGAGAGAAGCGAAAUAGUCAGGGCCACCAUGGAAAGAAAGGCCACAGCCUCGAGUUUCCAGUGUCCCUCCGGCUAAUCAAGAAGAAGCAGCGGCAGCAACGGGAGGAGGGUCCCAAAAGAGAAGCAGGAGAAUUUACUUUUUGCUCCCUCAACAAGGCAUUCUCUUCCAUGGUGUUCAUAAUCCGUGAGCUCCAUAGCCACGCCUUGAGUAUAAGGGAAAGUUUGUACUCUGAAGAUCUGCAGGAGGUUAUAGCCAAGGUGCAGAAGCGAGAGAUGAACAUGUCGUUUGUGUGGUUGUUUCAGCAGGUGUUUUCGGGGUCCCCGACUUUGAUGGUUUAUGUGAUGAUCUUGCUGGCGAAUUUCAGCGUGUAUUCGAUGAAUUGCAAUGCUGUCGUUGCACCACCUCUGCCUGUAUUGAUUGAGACUUUGACCGAGACUGAGACAGAGGAACAACCCUACUCAAAACCCGAUUAUGUUUCCGAUGACGAUUCUACUAGGGUUGUGAAGAAGACCUCGAAUGAGGGCGAUUUUCGUGACAAUGCGAGCACAGAAACUUCAUUCAGGCAUGCCAUUGUUGAUAUCGAGAAGAUGUAUGGCAUUUCCUUGUUCAAUGGGGAGGAGUUCACGGCAGAGGAGGAGGUGAAGUUAUGGAACUCUGUCAUGGAGGAAGCUUCAAGAAUGCAAUCAGAAGCGAGGGAUGAGGCUCUUGAUCACGAAACCGUGCAGAAAUUUGUGUCACCGAUAACUGUGAAUGUCGAACCGGAUUAUCAUGAGCACUACUUUAGAACUGAUCUUUUGUACCAGAUGGGUUUAGCUCAGGAUCCUCAUAAUGCGCUUCUGCUCUCAAACUAUGCACAUUUCCUCCAUGUCGUGGCUCGCGAUCACGAUAGGGCCGAGGAGUGCUUCAGGCGCGCAGUGCAAGGGGAGAAACCAGACGCUGAGGCCUUGAGCCGGUACGCAGACUUCUUGUGGUUAGUAAGGAAAGAUAUGUGGGGCGCAGAAGAGAGGUACCAGCAAGCAAUGGCAGAGGAGCCCGACAAUCCCUUUUACGCCUCCAAGUAUGCCAAUUUCCUUUGGAGCACCGGCGCCGAAGAUACUUGCUUCCCUCUCAGUACAUCCUACGAUAACUACAACAAAGUUUUGUAAUUUUUCUAAAUUUUGACGGGGUACCGACAUCCGGCACUGCCAGGGAUGUAUUCCGGCCCCGAGUAAAUUAUCUAUCUAUAGGAAAGAAUGCGAUGGAGAGAAUAAAAAUGUCAUUCUCGUUCUAGACCAGAAUAACCGCGGAGUUAUCGCCUCUCUUAGUUUUGUAAUCCAGUUUGAUCGCAAUAAGAAAUGAGCCUGACAAUGAGUUUUGAUGAA